AAUUGAAAAGAGCUUAAGAAAGCAGAAUCGCAUGUGAACGAAAAUCAUCCACACUCUCUUCUCUACUCUCUCUCUCUCACACACGCACACAAACACACUAUCUGUCUCUCUCACACACAGACACGCAUACAUAAGCGAAGCAGACAGACGAGAAAACUUGUUCCUUUCAACUGUCAAACAACACAGAGCAGACGACUUGACGUUGUAUUCAAACUUCUCACUCUCUCCAAAUCCCAACACACCCUCCGCUCAUCACCCUUCCUUCUCCCUCUCUCUCUCUCUCUGUGCUAUCAAUGCAGUGAAGAAAGCUUCUCCAUCUCUCUCCAAACUGAUAUAACAAAAAAGAUUUUUGAUUAUGUUCAAGACUACAUCCACGUGCUGCGGUUAGCCUCUAAAAAAUCUCACUUGGAAAAAAGGGUUCCACCGAAAAUCAUAUAUGGGGGGCGAAGGAGAAGGGUGGCCGGCGCCGCCGCCGCUGUAUCUACCGAAAGACGACCACUGGACCCACUUCGACAACUCCGUGAAUGCAGUUUCUUUCGGCUUCAUAGCCACCGCCAUUCUCAUCUCCAUGUUUCUUGUCAUGGCCAUUUUCGAGAAAUUCCUCACAACCACCUCGCCGGACCUCUCUCCGUCACGCCUCCGCCUCUCCGCCAUUGAACCCCAGAAUCAUUUUGCUGCCUUCAAUUCUAAGCUAGGUUACUACCCAUCUCCUAAGGCAACAGAGGUUUCUGUGGUGAUGCCGGGUGAGAAUGUGCCGACGUUCAUCGCUCAUCCAGCUCCCGUUCCUUGCCCUCCGGAGCGUGGCCCGUGGCCUUCACAUGAUCAGGCGAGCUCGACCCCUACCGACUAGGCAUUUGGUAAAUAAGUAGCAGCAGCGCAUUUAGAAGAUGUUGAUAGAUGAGGCAUCAUCACUCUUCAUCGUCAACUUGCAUAUAUAAACAUCGUAUUAUUAAUUUUCUGGUUAAUUUUAGCAAUUAUUUUUUGCAA